AGCAAGUUUACGUUGUAUGAAACCAAAACUAGACUCUAUUUUGUAGGAACCGACUCGACAGAGAAAGUGUUUCAAAUCGCCAAGAUCGACCGUACAGUGCUUGAUGAACUGGCCUUUGUCGAGGAUAGUGUGCUCUAUACCAAAAAGGAAAUCGAGGACUUGCUUGGGAUGAUAGAGAACGGAAACAAGAUCACUGGAGGUCUACGUAAAAUAACCGGCUGUUUUGGAAUAUUUGGAUUUGUUCGGUUUCUUGAAGGCUAUUAUGCUAUUCUAAUUACUAAGCGUAGUGCAGUUGCUCUCCUUGGAGGUCAUUAUAUUUACCACAUUGACGAAACUAUCAUGUUCAACGUCUACAACACUCCCAACAAAUCAGACAAAAAACAGGAUGAAGCAAGAUAUCUUCAAAUAUUCGGUCAAGUAGAUAUCAACAAAAACUUUUAUUACAGCUAUUCGUACGAUAUUACAUCUAGUCUACAACAGAAUCUGCUUGCAUCAAACGCUACAAAUGGAUUCAGUCCAAAUGAUAUGUUUAUAUGGAACUCAUAUUUGAUCAAUGAUGCAUUUCCAAAUCAAUCUGUUUGGCGAUUGAAUAUUAUUCAUGGAUUUGUAGAUCAAUCAAAAAUUUGUGUUUUUGGACAUAAUAUAUUUGUGACAUUGAUUGCACGUAGAUCCAAAUAUUAUGCUGGGGCACGAUAUCUCAAAAGAGGUGUCAAUGAUCAGGGCUAUGUUGCAAACGAUGUAGAGACUGAGCAGAUUGUACACGAUGCAUCCACCACAUCGUUUUAUAUACCGCCAGGACGAUAUGGAUCAUGUGCGGGAUAUACUAGUUUUUUGCAACACCGUGGAAGCAUACCUGUAUAUUGGAGUCAAGAGGCAACUGCCAUGGCAGCUAAGCCUCAGAUUGAGCUUAAUUUCAUUGACCCGUUUCAUGCAGCAGCAGCAAAACAUUUCAAUGAUAUGUUUCAUCGAUAUGGCACACCCAUCAUUGUACUGAAUCUUGUCAAGACCAAAGAAAAGGUCAAGAGAGAAUCUAUUUUGUUGGAUCGAUUUACAGAGGCCAUCAGCUAUCUCAACAUAUUUUUACCAAGUGACAAGGAAAUACUAUAUAUUGCAUGGGAUAUGGCUCGUGCAUCCAAAAGUACCGAUCAGGAUGUGAUUGGUGUUUUAGAGAGUUUGGCUGAGCAGGUUUUAGCAACAACGUGGUUUUUUCAUAGUGGUGCAGAGCCAUUAAUCAAUGCAGAGCGACAGCAUCGUACAACGAGUAUGCAUCAGCAUGGCAUUCUGCGUACCAAUUGUGUGGACUGUUUAGAUCGCACCAAUGCCGCUCAGUUUGUGGUGGGAAAGUGUGCGUUGGGACAUCAACUCUAUGCACUUGGACUGAUCACAACACCCAUAGUACCAUUUGAUUGUGAUGCAGUGAAUCUACUUAAUGCAAUGUACCAUGAUCACGGUGACACAAUUGCCUUGCAAUAUGGUGGUUCACAUUUGGUCAAUACCAUGGAAACGUAUAGGAAAAUCAGUCCAUGGACAAGCCACUCUCGUGAUAUGAUUGAGACUAUUCGUCGAUUUUAUUCAAAUAGUUUUACUGAUGCGGAGAAACAGGACGCAAUCAAUUUGUUUUUGGGA